AUGGCCAACCCUGCCGCAGCUACAAUUCCAGUAUCCGAUACCGCCGCCGAGGCAGUCGUCGUGCCAAACGUGCCAACGACUGGCCGUGCUACUACGACCAAGAUUCACGUGGACAACAUUCCCGUUACGACGCGUAUCGAAGACGUAAAGGCGCUAUUUGCACGUGCAGGCGAAAUCGUGGAACUGCGCAUCACCGUGCGCGAAAGCCGAUCUCAGAUCUCGGGGGUCGUUACGUACAAGUCGCCGCAGGUGGCCGAGGCCGCCGUCGAGCAGUUUGCCAACGCAUCGCUCGACGACGCGCAGCUGAACAUUGCGUUGGUGAGGGGCAAUGCGGCACGCUCUGCACCGGCGCGUGAGGCGACUGCCACGCGUGGUCGUGGCCGCGGAGGCAAGGCGCGCGGCGCGGCUUCCUCGCGCCGCCCCCGCCAGGAUGAGGGCGAGGAGGGAACGACGGGCACGGAUGCUGCCGCGCCUGCCUCGGAUGAGCAUCCCACGGCCCCAUCGGCCCAGGAUGCCUCUGCUGAGGCGCCCGCCACCACGGGCACGAACUCCGCCAAAGCCAAGGCCCCUAAAAAGACCAAGGCGGCCCGAGGCAGCCCGAGCAAGACGCUCCUCUACGUCUCGCACCUGGCCUACUCGGUGCAGAAUGCGGACCUGAUGGAGCUCUUCUCGCCCUACCCUGCAGUGAGUGCCAACAUUGUGUACCACCGCCAACAGCCUAAGCAUUCGCGUGGCUUUGCGUUUGUCGACUUCCCUAACGAAGAGGCUCAACAAAAAGCGCUGGCAGAGUUGAAUGGAAAAGAGUUCCAUGGUCGCACCAUCGCUAUUUCCGUGGCCCUGCAGCCCGAGCCAAAGGAAGAGGCCCAGGACGAGAGUGGCGCAUCGACUGCUGCGCCCAGCUCCGAGGCUGUUCCUGACGCUGCCUAA